AUGAUGUUGCUCUACCUUGUUUUCCUCCUCUCCGUGGUCCAGGCGGUAGAUGAGCGGAUAACCUUUGCCGCAUUUCAAGAACAGCACGUCCAUUUCCCACAUGGUGUCGCCGCCGUCAAUAGUACCGUCACUGUUCACGCCCAAAUUCAUCCGGGAGCGAAGCGAUGGCGCAUCAGUCUGGUCACCGACAACCUAUGGCGCGUUGUGAUCGCCCUGGACGCCGUUGUCGAGCAGAAUCUGCACUACUACGCUUCUUCGCUGGAUAAUACUCGCACCGUAGCUCCCAAGUGGCUCCUCGGCUCGCCGGUCUUCGAGGGAACGCCGUAUGGUAAAGGACAGUUGCUGGACGUGACGAUGAGGAUCGUUAGUGAUCGUCUGAUCCGGGUGUCGUUCGGAAAAAGGUCUGGUGUCCGGGAGCACCUCUACCGACUUCCGGACGCAUUUCCGGGCCGUGCAACGCAGAGUCAUACUGUCAUUGUAUCCGGCGACCUGCGCUCGAUCAAAAUCGGUGGGACGGCGAUCGGGAGUAACAACCAAUACGGAGGCGCCCGAGAUUUGAACGAGAACACGGCUCUCCACGUGACGAAAGGCCCGAAAGUCCGCCACGUGCCGAAGACCGUACCACCAAUACUGCUCAAGCCCGAGUUCGACGCGUUCAACAUCAUCCCUGAUCUGCAGAAGCCAGAUUACCGCGAACGGAUCCGUGAACUGCUCGAGAAGCUCGAAAGUCAGGAUAAGGGGAAGAAGCACAGGGAGGAGGAGGAUGAGGAGGCGAACUGGGGCUGGAAGUCAUGGAUA